GUUUAAACAGAGUCGGUUCAUGUCUGCAGACCGGAUGUGUAGGCGUGGAAGCACCGCUCCUUUCUAGGAGCACGCUGUUUCUCUCUAGCAGCACCGUUCGCGGCGUCUAAACCGAUACGGUGUUUGUUCGGCAGUACACCCGCUAUCCGCUAGGUGCCGGCGCUUGCUAAGUUCGACGCGCGUUUCUACUUAGGGAGAUCCUUAGUAGCUCAGAGCCCUCGCGGACGGUUUUCCGAAAUGCUCAUUUCCCGGAAACAGGUGGUUCUUGGCCCUUGAAGCGCUCUUUAAUACCUGCGUUCUGUAGCGCUAGUUCUCUGCAAGGUUUGCUCAAUGUCCGUUUCAUUUCGGUUUCUUUUCUUGCUGUUUUUCUGUCGGAAUUACGGUUCGUUUUGGUUCCAUGCACUCUGUACAAUGUUACCGUUUUUCAAUUGUCUACAAAUUUUCGCGCAUUUGCUACUAUUGAGUUUCCUAGUAUCUGGCUGGCCUCCGCCCACGGGCUCCGGAGAGCAUAAAUACCCAGGCUGAUGGCGUGCAGAAGGCUCUCGCUCCUUGAUCAGCGGAAACAUCUGUUUCCUCCUGGUCUGAGGCUUAAGAGAUGGAGCGACAUUUUCUUGGCUGUGUGAAGCGUGCCUGGGAUUCCGCCGAAGCGGCGCCAGAGCCCCAGCCUCCGCCUAUUGUGAGUUCGGAAGACCGUGGGCCGUGGCCUCUUCCUUUGUAUCCGGUACUGGGAGAGUGCUCACUGGACAGCUGUGAUUCGGAGCUGCUUUCCAGUCCUUGCUGGCGGCUACGCUGGAUCUACCCGCAAAACGGACUCUUUCCCGGAGUCCAGAGCAUCUUGGAACCAAGUACCGACCAGCCCGCUGAGUUCAGUUGGCCCGGGACACAGAAGCAGCAAGAGGCACUUGCAGAAGAGGUGGACCAGGCAGAGGAACCCGACAGACUCACACUCCAGCCGCUUCCCUUGAGCAGUCCUCCCCAGCCCUGGGACAGACUGGAGGACACCCAGGCCUGUGACAGCGGGCCCGUUUUGGAAUGCAGCCACCCUGCUGCCCUGGAUUGGUGGCGCCCCCUCCCGGGUUUCUCAGACUGCCUGGAGUGGAUUCGUCGCGUUGGUUGUGCAGCGUUCUCUGUGCCCUGGGCGUGCUGCCCACGGAUCUGCGGAGCUAAUCAGCCUUAGAGAGCAACAGGAGGCUUUCGGAUUCUCCUCCUUGAAAAGAUUCUGUUACCAAAGGUCUCCACCUAGAAAAUAAAAACACAUUAAAAUGUGCCUUCAUUGCUGGUUGUCAAUUUUUAAAUGCUCUUUCUCUGAUGUUUCUCCCUUGUUUCGGGUCCCUUACUACUUGCAGUUUCCUUGCUUUUUAAACCGUUAUGUCGAUUUCGUUAUAUAUUUCAUUUUUAUCUCUU